CUUGAGCAAUACUAUUAUUCCAUCAUGGUUUCAGAGCCAAGGCUACACGAAAAACAAAAACCCAAACCCUAGCCGCUUACGGCUCUCUCUCUCUCGUCACUGCCGCACGGUCGGCAACUCUCUCUUCUUCAUCCGAACGCUGUGCCCUCUCCAUGGCGAAACAUACAGAUCCUCUUGAUGCUCUUCCCACAGGGUUGAAGCUGUUUAUCAAAAAUCUUCAUUCUCUCACACCAGAAAAGCUUGAUGACACCAACUUUCCCUCUUGGAUUGCUACAACUUCUGCUAAUCUCUCUGCCCACAGAUUAAUGGGAUAUGUCGACGGCUCAAUACCAGCCCCGCCGACCACCAUCACAGUUCCCGCCGACAAAGACACAGCCGCUGCUGUUAUUCCGAACCCAGAAUUCGAGGUUUGGUCUGUUAUUAACGCUCAAUUAUGUGCCUGCCUGCUUGCGAUUGUUACUCCCUCUGUACAACACAAUCUUCAUGGCUUGGACACCGCUGCUGGUGAUGACUCCAUGCAAAAGUAUCUUGAUUCGGUUGUCAAAAUUGUGGCUGCCUUGGAUCGCUCAAAAGCGGGUGUUCUUGAGCAAGAUGUUGUUCUCGCUGUUCUUCGUGGGUUACCCUCAGACUAUGCCUCCAUUAAGCAGAACAUCCGUACCAAUAUUGCCACAGUGACUUUUGCUCAGGUCUCGUCACGGCUAUUGGCUGAAGAACUCAACCUCCAGAUGGAACACAAACUUCAGGUCCAUGACUCUUCUUCGUCGGUUGAACCCCACGCAGCCCUCUAUGCUCAGUCCGGUUAUGGUGGACGUGGCCGUGGUCGAAAUCUGCAGCGCGGCCGAGGUCUAGAGAAGCUGAAGCUUCUGCUCUCCAGGGAGAAACGAGUUUCUUUCCAGCAGAAACAACCUCUUCUUGAGGGUGACAUGACACAUGUUGAGGACACCCCGGAGGCCAUGGCGCACGCUAUUUCGGACUCCUCCCCGACAAAUCGUGCUAUUGAGCUUUAUGGAGAGAUUCAUUUCUACCCAGUUGAUGAGCAAGGUUUUAUUAUCCCGGUCACUAAAAAUGACGAGGAUUAUCAUCCGAUGAAGGUCUUGAAGAAGCGUGCUUUGGAUCUUGUUUGUAAAGAUCGAAACGCUGAUUUCAAGAAGGUGGAUUAUGCACGAUACCCAGCGCUGAAAGAAGCCAUGAGAUGGGCUUAUCUCAAGACUUCCAUGGACCACCUUAGAUGAUGUCUUUGGGCCUACAUUUUCCUAGCCUUUGGGCCACAUUUCCUGUCCUUUGGGGACUUCUUUGUUUAGCCUUCGAGCCUUCAUAUUUUAUCCUUUUUGGACUUUUGUUUUAGCAUUUUUGCUUUCUUUACUUAGUGGGU